AUGUGCUUGCCCCAGCCCCUGGUUCAGGUAGGGCUUGCGGGAGUCCGACUCUAUAGCUCCUGCCCUGUCCGGAUCAGCGGUCUGGAUCAUCUGGUUCUGACUGUGAAGAGUGUUCCAGACACCCUCGCUUUCUACUCCAAAGUCCUUGGCAUGGAGAUCAUCACUUUUAAGGGUGAUCGUAAAGCUUUGGGAUUUGGACAGCAGAAAUUUAACCUGCACCAGGCGGGCCAGGAGUUUGAGCCGAAAGCCCUGCGUCCUACCCCAGGCUCUGCUGACUUGUGCCUCAUCACCGACACUCCCCUGCAGAGAGUGGCCGAGCACCUACAGGCGUGUGGGGUGAUUGUGGAGGAGGGGCCUGUGGAGAGGAGUGGGGCAGUGGGUUCCAUCACCUCUCUCUACUUCCGUGAUCCUGAUGACAACCUGAUCGAGGUCUCCAACUACAACUGCCCAGCAGUUGAGAGGACAAAGUAGAUAUUUGCUAUGCUAUGUAAUUCCAUGCGCUCUGUCCCUUUCCCAAAAACAGCACAACUUUUAUUGAAACUUUAUUGUGUCAGUUUCAUACAGCAAAGCACAUAGAGAAUUUAGUUUAGGGUGAAAUGUUAGUUUAUCUGGUAAAAAUAUACAGUAAUCGUUCAGCAAUUAAGCCUAGAGAAAUGCCUGUGCCUGGCUUACCAGAGUGGGCGAGGAGGUCUAUGUCUUGGGCCUAAGUCUGCUUGGGUUUGGAACAUUGUUGAGGAGGCUUUGCCGGUUGACCCCUCUUGACCUACCUGGCCCCUUAAUCACUCACGCAAAUCAAGAGUCCGCCUCGGGCCCAUGACAAGCAGCAGUCUUAGCAAUGCCCUGAUAUGAUCAGUACACUCCGCCGCCAUCCCAUUACGCCCUCACAUUUUCCCCCCAAAACCUGGCUGCCAAUAUAAGCAUUCGUUUAGGAAAUGCAGCCAGGUCUCCGAAUUGCCUAGCGUCUGAAAACCUCACAGCUCUGCUGAAAAACCAACGUGACCACCACCCAGGAUUUAAUGGGGCAGAUGUUUACUUUAGAGAAGAGGUACUCAUUUUAAAAGUAAGCUCAUUUGGAAAGUGAAAACAAGCAGUGCUCAGGAAACCUUAUGGAAAGUUUACAACACUUCCUUGUGCAUUUAUUGUGUAGCGUGAUUCACAGCAAAAAUAUCAGACACUCACCACAGGUAAUGUGACUGUUUAAUAUGAUUUUCACCCAGUUUCACUUUGACAAUUCUUUAAUAAGGAAAAAACUUGCAGCCUCAAUUUGGCUGGAAACUGUCUCAGAGCGUGCUGUGAGUGCGGGAUAUGGAGCAGGAAGGACGGAAAUGGAAUGUUUUCUAAUGCAGUGACGGGUGUGUCACUGCGGCACGGUCCAGACGGAGAGGGACAGGAACAACGUGGCAGACGUGAGGCCCCGGGCAGAGCUCCUCGGUCCUGACUGACGGGCGGCUGUGAGGGCGCAGGAAGUUUUCCCAGCCCAGCGUGCGACUCGGUGCUGCCGUCUGCCAGCCCGUCUCGUGUCCCCGCGUUUGUUUGGUCUCUGCCUCGAACUGCUGCCUGUAGACAGGUCCAGAAACUGGGUUUACACAGCAGAGAGAGGGGGCACUUACACAGAUUGGGUGAGCGCUGUGGAACGCCAGGAAUGCCAUGUUUCCUGAGAGGAAAAGUGUAUGAGAACAGCCUGGGCAGAUCCUUUACUCCCAGGCUACUGGCCUGUUUAGGUCUGUAGGAACAUACUGGAAUGGGCAUUCCAGGGACUGGGGAACCCUGCGGCUCCAGGUUCACAGUACAUACCUGGCAGGCCUGCAAGUCCUUUAUAUGGGGUUGUGUGGGUAUAAACACACACACGCACACACACACACACACGCACACACACA